AAUGUUCACCUAAUGAAUGUGAGAGAGAGCCAUUUUGAAGCUGACAGUACUGGGUAUUCUCCAUUGAAUCGACCGAUAGAUGAACAUAUAAAGAGUGGAGUCAUUAAUCUGGACAAGCCAUCGAAUCCGUCUUCGCAUGAAGUCGUUGCAUGGGUGAAAAGGGCUCUUGCCGUAGAAAAGACUGGCCACAGCGGAACCUUGGACCCUAAGGUUACCGGAUGCCUAAUUGUGUGCAUUGAACGAGCCACAAGGCUUACUAAGUCGCAACAAGGUGCCGGAAAGGUGUAUGUAGGCAUCUUUAGACUACAAGAGCCGAUUGAUGAUUAUAAGAAAAUUCAAAAGGUUGUUGAAGGUCUCUCAGGCGCUAUUUUUCAAAGGCCUCCGCUUGUGGCAGCAGUUAAAAGGCAGCUUCGAGUUAGAACUAUUUAUGAGAACAAGCUUUGUGAAUAUGACAAGGAGAGAGGGCUCGGUGUAGUUCAAGUCAAAUGUGAGGCCGGGACCUACGUCAGGACACUUUUCGUUCAUAUAGGCCUCAUGCUUGGGUGUGGAGGGGUAAUGGAGGAACUGCGAAGAACAAGAUCUGGUAUUAUGACAGAAGAGGAUAAUCUCGUCACUAUGCACGACAUUCUUGAUGCAAAAUGGGUUUACGAUAAUCGUAGGGAUGAGUCUUACUUACGGCGUGUUAUAAUGCCAUUUGAAAGGCUUCUAAUAGGUUACAAGAGAAUAUUAGUGAAAGACACUGCCGUAUGUGCCAUUUGUUAUGGUGCCAAGUUGAUGCUUCCCGGCGUUCUUCGCUACGAUAACGACAUAAAUGUCGAUGACGACAUAGUUUUAAUCACAACUAAAGGAGAAGCAAUUGCGCUAGCAAUUGCCUUGAUGACUACUGCCACCAUUGCCACUUGUGACCACGGUGUUGUAGCAAAAUUGAAACGGGUGACAAUGGAGAGAGAUUUGUAUCCUCGGCAAUGGGGACAUGGGCCUAAAGCAUUGGAGCGGAAAAAAAUGAUUGCUCAAGGGCUUUUAGGGAAAUUUGGCAAGCCACUGUCUGAUAAAAAUAAUAGUGAUGCUGCACCUUUGACACACGUUCCGUACGAGUUUCACUUUCUUUAA